UUUCUAUCAUUAAAAAUGAAUGUUUGUAACAUUUUUUUUUAAUUCAUCGGCAACGGCGCCAAUUGCACCUGUAAAUACUUCCACAGCUCUUGUAAACUGUCAAAAGUUAUAGGUUAUGUUGUUGCUAUUUUAAGGGUUAUAUUUUAUUUGUUGACCCUAUAAAGUUUGAACGAACUUUUCUUUAUAUACUAAAGAAACCCAAGUAACAGUUAAGCAAAAUGGAUGAAGCAGAAAUCAGGGCCACCUUCAGCAAAAUCAUCAAAACCGAAGAUGUUUCACCAGGAAUCGCCGCGAUCAAAACGCUUAUGCAGAUGGUUAAAGUUUCUGAUGUCACCACCUUGCAAGAGUUGAGGAAAACAAUGACAAUUGCUACAGAUUACAUGAGAGAUAUGGAUUAUCCAGCAGCUUCAAUAAGUUCAAGCUCUGAACUUCUAUUGAGGUUCAUCUCUUUAGCUAGUUUGGAUGGAGUGGCAUUUAGUGAGUGCAAGAGAAUCAUGAUUGAUAGGGGUCAGAUGUUCCUGAAGAAGUUGUUGGAUGGUCGAGGGAAAAUUGCUAAAUCAGCUUCUAAAUUUAUUUUGGAUGGAUCCAGGAUUUUGACCCAUUCGAGAUCCAGGGGUGUUUUGUACGCUCUUAAAGAAGCGAUGGGUCAGGACAAGAAGUUCGAGGUGUUUGUAACCCAUUCAGCUCCAGACAAUAGCGGCGAAUUAAUGAAGAAGGAACUGGAUAAAGCAGGGAUUCCGAGCACGUUGAUCCUCGAUUCCGCCAUCGGUUACAUAAUGGAAACGAUAGAUUUCGUGAUGGUCGGCGCUGAAGGUGUCGCCGAGAGUGGCGGAAUCGUUAAUAAAAUUGGUACAUUCACAAUUGCGAUGUGCGCCAAGGAAAUGAAGAAGCCUUUCUACGUGAUGGCGGAGAGUUUCAAAUUUUCGCGUCUCUUCCCGUUAGGUCAAUCCGAUUUACCACUCGAUUACAAAUAUACAUCCAGUGUAAGGAAAAACAUGAUAUUGGAUAAGGAAGAUCCGCUAGUCGACUACACUCCUCCCAAUUACAUAACGCUUCUGAUCACCGAUAUAGGUAUCCUGACUCCUUCCGGUGUCAGCGACGAACUGAUCAAAUUGUACAUUUAAUUUUUUUUAACAAUAAAUACUUAUUUAUUUUUUGUUA